AGAGAGAGAGAGAGAGAGAGACAGAGACAGAGAGAGAGAGGGGUGAGUGUAGAGUGAUGGGACCCGGCUGAAGGAGCAGCAGCGCACUCUCCGAGCUGGUAAUGUCAGCAGGCACACAGAUGUGGAUGUGAAGGAUGACUUCUUGUGCAGAGAUCUGUGGGUCGGAGUACGGGGAAGCUCAAGCAGCUGGAAAUUAUCAUCAGUAUGGCGUCCGCUCGUACCUCCAUCAGUUUUAUGAGGAGUGCACCGCUUCAAUAUGGGAACGUGAUGAAGAUUUUCAGAUUCAGAGAUCACCAAGCAGGUGGAGCUCUUUACUCUGGAAGGUCUGUCUCGCGUUUGGAACACUUAUCCUCCUGUCAGGCCUUGUAGUUGUUGUGGUUGGUUACACUACUCCCACCAGGAUUGAAGCAUUCGGCGAGGAUGAUCUCCUGUUUGUUGACAGCCAUGCAGUCAGUUUUAACCAUGCCCUGGAUGUGUGUAAGCUGACUGGUGCCGUGUUGUUCUGCGUGGGAGGCACAUCCAUGGCUGUGGGCCUCUUAAUGUCGGCGUUUGCCAAAAGCUACUCCAAAGAAGAGCUGUAUUUGCAGCAGAAGUUUAAGGAGAGGUUAGCAGAUCUGCACGCAGCAGUCGGUACCCCUAUCAUGAGAGCACCCACCCCGGGUGAGGGAAAAGUGCCAGUCACACUUUCCAAAGUCCAGAACAUCCAGCCAACGAAUAUAAAGUCAGAAACCUGACAGCAGCCAACAUGAAGACAGAACGCCCAACCGUGUGAAUGAGAAUUGAUGGGAGCGCAGACUGUGACUGAGAGUGUACACAUGAGUGUGUGUGUGUGUGUGUGCGUGUGUGUGCACUUUCUUCCCUGAAAGCUUUGCUUAUAUACCACCUAAAUUCUGGGUUCUCCAUCUUUUAUUUGUUGUGUUUGACGUUAAAGUUUUAUUUUUGACUUGAUAUAAUGUGAGUGCUGAGUUAACAAAGCCGAACAAAGGUUUAAUUCAUUUUUUGCAACGUGUUUUAGGGAAUUUACUGUAAUCCAACCGAGAACAUGGCAGUUCAGAGCCUCACUCAGAAACAAGCAACAGACACAAAUCGAUAGGACGCAGCUGCUGAACAACAUAAUUGCAAUUUUCACAAAAUGUUUUCCUGCAGAGAAGAUGGUAACUGCCAAGGGGAGCAGAGCAACAGUAGCUGUUUUGUUCCAAAUUCACAGUAAUUGGACCUUUUUUUCUCAGAAAUGAUAAUAAAAAAACAGUAAACAUUGUUAUCUCUGGCCAGUGUCUAGUCCAGAAUCCUGCAACCCCUGCACCAAAAGAGAUGUUUUUAUCAUUUAUUAAGGAAAGAAAAAUCAGCAGAAGCCACAGAAUCAUGAAAUGAUGGCAGUUUUUUAUGAAGGUUCAAAUACAGUAGUAUGUACAAAAACAACUCUUUACAAUGUAUGCUGAUCAGUUCCAAUGCAAUAUUUAGUAUGACACAUUCACUCCGAUCACAUCUUUUCUCACUUAAGAGAUUCUGGUGUAGAUUUGGUUUAAUUUUCCUACCAAAUUACAGCCCAUUCUUAUCUGCUAUCCACUUAUUAUUCUGGUCUGGUGUUUCAUUUAGAUCAGUCAGAGUCCAUUUUGUUCACUGCAGGGAGUCAAUAAACAGAGGCGCAGGGCUCAGGAGCCACAGGUUGUACACCCCACUGUCUAGUCAUAUCAUUUUGAAGAGAGUAAUUUGUAUUUUAAUGUGGUAUUUAUAUUCCUCUCAGCUGUUCAUACCUAUGCUAACACAAAACAUUCUAAGAACAUUGUUUCCCACAGCGUGCCACCAAACAAAAAUGUCACAAAAACUAUAUGUAAUGAAAUACAGUAUAGUUAUCUCUUUAGUUUUAAUGUGAAACCUGGGCCUGUUUAGUUGAACACAACUAAUAUUCUGACAGGAAUUGAAGAAAGACAAACGAGGAUCUUCUUCAACACCUCCCAUUAGUUUUAAUAGCCAUCUACUGCUACCUAGUGGAAGAGUAGUUAAUUGUUCUGCCUCAUCACUUUUACAUAGACAACUAAUAGUUUUCAGGCAAAUUAAGUGAAAUGGGAUGAUUUUCCAAGGUACAACUGAUGACCUCUGCUAGCACACUAAUGCGCUGCUGAACAGCGGUUGAGUAUCACUGUAGUAGACAUCAUGGAAACAAAUUGGAAUGCACAGAUCAGACACAACCUCAUGGGUAAAUACCACACUGGCAUUUUCUUCUGCCUUGUUAAGACUCUGAUUGUGUCUCCUUCAGCCAAUCGUCUGACAGGAUCAAUAGAUGAACACAGACAGGCUGAUGAAAGACAUAUUGAAUCAGGCAGAACGUUUAGAGCAGCAGGGAUUGCCACUUAAUCGGUAUAGUUAUACAGUAGAGUGAGUAAUACACACGGUAUUUCCACAUGACAUCCAUCACUCAACAAUGUUUCUGUACCUUUCAUGAAGUAAAUCAGAUUCCUGUAGCUUUUCCCUGCGUUGCCUGACAAAUUGUUGAUGUCCAAUUGAUAUGCAGGAGGCAAACAUGUUACAUAACCAGGAAACGGAGAGUACAAACAGCUCUGUAGUCAGACUACAUGAACUGUUUGGCAGCGUUUCGAAGCCGUCUUCGUCUGUGAUGUGAUGAUUCAUACGCACUAUUAAAAUAAUGCAUCAAUAAAUACUGACACAUUCUCCAUGAAUACUAACUCUGAUAUUACAUCAAUGAGGGUAACGAGGUCAAUAAAUAAACAACAUCAGCCCACAAAAUCUCCUAACAUAAAACAAGGACAGAAACUAGAAAAAUGUUUUUGUUUAAUGUUUUAAAUUGAAGUUGUCAUGAGGUUCAUCUCCUUCAGAGGGCAUUUGAAGGUCAGCCGAUGUAUCACAAAGGCCCAGAGCUUUAGUCUAAUCAGUCGAGCAUCCAAAUGAUGGAUUUCCUCUAAGAAACAAUUAACUGAACACUAGAUUUUAAAAUCUGUUUUAAAGUUCAUGUUUGUACUUCAACGAGACUUUCAUUUGCAUUUGGCCUCCGGUCCCUGAAGAAUAUCUUUAGAAAACAAAACAAUGUUUCUGUUAUUUAUUUACACAAUGCUAAUGUAAUGAAAUAGUUACCAGGAGAAACUUCUGUACUGUUUUUAAAUGUCCAUAAAUUUCCUUCAGCAACAAUUACGUACAACAUCGUACAAAGCAGUACGGCGAUGAUACCCUGAAAAACCUGGGCUCUCACUGUUUCUUCAUCACACAGGUUCAUUUCAACACGUUCCUUCUGUAGCCUGGGGCUGCUAAUCAACACAGGAGUUGCAAUAAUUAUCAAGCUACUAUAAAUUAUACCCACAGCAGAGCUUCAAUAAAAGAAUAAAGAUGGAGCUAAUAAAACCAAACACCCCUGAGUGUUCAGUGUUUCGUGACUAGUUAAUAAAUGUGCUGACUUACCACAUGCUGUGAAUGUUUUCCUUUUUAUAUCUAACCAUGUGUUUACCACCAGUUCUUGGUUAUGACUCCCUGAUGGACAUUGUUUUCACAUUUUGUGUUUGAAAACCCCACGUCAUCUCGUUUCCUCUGUUUAUUUCCUAAACCGUCUGUUGAUGUAACAGUGGAAAAUGAAAGUGGUAAAUAAAAAAGUUCUAACCAAA